AUGGAUUGCAUUCACUCUUCUACAGCUGGUGGCCACUCUGGAAUUCAAGCUACUUAUAUGAGAGCUAAAUCCACAUUCUUUUGGCCUGCAAUGAAGAAGGAAAUACUACAAUUUGUCUCAGCUUGUGAUGUCUGCCAAAGAAAUAAAGGUGACCACAAUUUUCCAGCUGGCUUGUUGCAACCCUUGCCCAUCCCUGACCAUGCUUGGCAACACAUCUCUAUGGACUUCAUAGAGGGACUUCCAAUGAGUGAAAGGAAGGAAGUUAUCCUAGUGCCAAAGAAGUGGCAUCAUUGGCUACCUCUUACAGAAUGGUGGUACAACACCAACUACCACACCAGUCUCAAGGUAAGCCCAUUUACAACCCUUUAUGGUUACAAUCCUCCUCACUUGGCUUUUCAUUCUACUUCCACCGCUUAUGUUGCUGCUGUUGAGGAAUAUUUGAAGCAAAGAGCUGCUAUGUUGGACUUACUGAAAGACUCACUCCACAAGUCCCAAGAGAGAAUGAAGUUAUAUGCAGACAAGACUAGAGUGGAUAGAAGUUUUGUUGUUGGUGAUAGAAAAAUUGGCAGUGUAGCCUACAAAUUGCUUUUACCUGCUGAAGCCAGAAUACACCAUGUUUUUCAUAUCUCUCAACUCAAGAAACAGAUUGGUGCUCAACAUAUCAUCUCCCCAACUCUACCAGUCAUCAACAGUGAAGGUCAGGUGCUUGUCAUCCCUGCAGCAGCACUGGAUUCCAGAGUUAUAGUCAAAAAUGGUAUUCCAGUUCCUCAAUUGCUUAUUCAAUAG